CAAGAAAACAAUGCCAACUCCGACAAAAGUUUCUGAGAAAGUGAAUUAUCAGAAGAUUUGCUUGGUCUUUGUGAGAAAUUGCCGAGAAAAUAUCAAUUGUAUCAGAAAGUUCUCGGUAAAUUCCGAUGAACAGAACUUGUCGGAAUUUUGUCAGUUCAUAUCGUCGGAAUUUUGUGGGUAUAAAAGAAAAAAGUUUCCGAGAACUUUCAUCCCUCGGAGAAUUGUUGAUAUCCUCUCGGAAAUCACCGACGACAAGGAAGCCUCAAAAAUUUGUCGGAGAAAUUGACGGUAAACCAUCGUAAUAGUUUCCGAGACGAGAUCGACGACAACCAAUCCCACUAAUUUCUCGGACUUACUCAAGGAAUCAACUCUCAACAGAAAUAUAAAUUUGUUUGGCAGAUCUGACGAGUUUGGGGAUGUUUGUUGAUGGAGGAAACCGGCGGCUCUGUUGUAGGAAUGGGUUGGCUUGCAAAAUUGUCUCCUCCACCACGAACUAUUCUCCUAGCAGCGUUGAUUCCGGCGGCGGCUAGAGCUUCACGGCGGCAGAUCUGGUGGACGACGACAUUUUCUUCUUCGGUGGCUAAGGUCUUGUAGGUAUCCGGUUUUGUUUUGGUUUUUUGAAUUCCAAUUUUUGUAAACCGAUUCUAAUCUCCAAUAAGGGUGGUAUAUAUGUAUAAUGUAUUAUAUAUAGUUUGUAUACACAUGUUCUUUUUUUGAACAUAUAUAUAGUUAUAUACACAUGUAUAUGCUGCCACAGUCAUGGUUAGGAAACUAAACCGGGACUUUGGUGUGGUUUAGUUGAGCUAGGCUUCGGCUCGGCUCCGAUAUAUUUUUUUUUUAAUAAUUUUUUUUUGGAUUUGUCGGCAAGUUCUCGGAGAUCACCGUCAACAUUUUGACAACCCUGUUUGUCGAUGAUAACAUAGUCGGAAACGCCUCGUCUCUUUCCGACAACCAUUUCCGAGAUUAAUCCGAGAGAAGAAUUUCAUCGCUAAGUUUCCGACAAACUGACGAUGAACGUCAUUUUCCGACGCUCAAACUCCGACCAAUUAUUUAUUGUCGGAAACGUCUCGGAAAUCAUGAACUCCGACGAAUUUCCAAUAAAUUUUGCUGUCGGCAUAGAGACUUUUUCUUGUAGUGGAAUGACUUGACUUAUAAACACUUUGUUUGAAUAUCAUUUUUAUAUUUUCAAAAAUAGCACAAAUAAUUUAAAUGACAAUAAUUUUAAACAUUUUUAUAAGACUGAUAAUCAAUUACAGUGUACCGCAUUAAGGUGUCGUCAACUCUUGAUCACCAACAAGUUGAUUUCGAGUCUUUAAAGACUAGUCGAAACCCUAAAGAGAACUAUGCUAACAUAAUAAUUAGCCAUUUUUCAAGCAUGAAAUCCAAAACAACGUCACACAAGAAACAUUGAGUUGGCUUACAUGAGAUGCCACAGCUAGCUUUCUAGUGAUUAAGAAAAUAGAACAAUUCCCGGAAAAGGAUUAAACGACGCGUGCAUGGAAAAAUAGAUGGGUCUUUGGGUCCUAUAUGGAGUAUAACUUUUGUCCCAAUUUAUAUAAUAGUUUCUGGAAUUCAAAUUCUUAGUCGUCUAGUCCUAAACACAUUUAAUGUCCUAAACACCUUUAAUGACAUAUAUGGAUUACUGUUUUGGUCUUUCUUAAUGCAUAGGUUUAAUGCUUUUCAUAAUCAGCUUGGUAAUCCUAAUAGCAAUAUCUGUACUUUGAACAUUAUACGCCUCGAAAAUGAUUUCUAUGAUGUAUUUCGGUCCAUCUAAUUAAGCCAAUAAAAGGAAAACAAAUAGGCGUUAUUAUUAAUAAUUAAGAUCACAUGACAAAUUUUCACUACAUGUUAUUUACAUCGCGACGAAUAAGUAGGUGGCUGAUAAGGAUAGUGUGAUGCCCAAAUUGAUCCAUUAAUCAUGCACUUAAUCGUGCACAAAUGGAAAUCAAACAAUGGAGCGGCUAGGGUUUUGCGACGCAAAAGGCGAUUUCGAGAUCUGGCCUUCCUCCACCACCGAAGGGCUCUCACCUCCGCUCUAAGAAUCCUCUGCGACUCCCACAUCACACAAGGGAGACUUCCCACACUCCUUGUGUUGUGUUUCCCAUUUCUCUUCGUGUUUCGAAAGUUACUUCUCUGGCUUCACUGCCAAGCAACGUAAUAUUCUCUCUCAUAAAUUGCGUGUCCGUUAAGGUAAUAUCCUUUCAUCAGAUCUAGUCCAAACCCUAGUGCUACCACAUCUACUUAAGUACCUCUCUAGCCCUCUGCCCCCAAACCUACCCUCUCAACAGCUCUUGCCCUCAAACCUCUCUAGCUUUUGCUAAGUUUUGAAACCUAAUCUCAAGAUGAGCCAAUCAUCCCUGAUCGCGCGCAAAGGAGGUCCCUCCAAUGGAGAUCGCCGACAAGCAAACACGGAAGAUGACAUCAUCCCCAUUCCAGACUGUGACAUUAACGAUGUAAAAGAGCGGUUCCGUCUCACCCUCAUCGGACGAGUCUUCCACCUCCGAGGACGCAGUACUGAGGCCCUGAUCCAUCUUCUUCCCAGGCCGAGGAUCUGGAACGUUGAAGGUAGAGUACGUGGACUCAACCUUGGUAACGGGCGUUUCCAAUUUGAUUUUAACAAUGAAACGGAUCUCCAGAUGGUACUGAAUAAACGACCUUGCCACUUCAACCAAUGGAGCUUCGCCUUGGAACGUUGGGAACCCCUCACGAGUGAAAAUUUUCCAAAUACUAUUCCGUUCUGGAUAACCGUUACAGGAGUCCCAGUUCACUUCUGGAAUGACAAAACUUUUACGCAGAUUGCAAAUGCACUGGGGAAAAAGCUCAGCAUCGACUCGACGAAGGCGAGAAUUCAUGUCUCCAUUGAGGCUGACAAACCCCUUCAGUUUGAGCGCAGGAUUGACUUCCCGAAUGGAGAUAUCGGCAAAGUCACUCUCACCUAUGAAGGUCUACAUCGCUACUGUUUCACAUGUAAGCACAUCUCUCACGAUGAGAACUCCUGCCCUCUACUUACUCCAGAAGAACGUGAUCUCAAAAGGAAGCAGAGAGCAGAAAGUUAUGCCAAUGAUGACUAUGCGCGACUCCCUAGUCAGAGUACUCAAGGUUACAACUCGCGGAGCUCACUCAAGAGACCCCGAUCCCCACCCUCUGGGAGACAUCUCAGCCCUCCGUCAUCUCCAAGGAAUAACCGCAAGCUCCACGAUGAUAAGAGAAGAAAGAGCAUUACCUCUUCUUUCUCAACCCACCAAACAAGAGCCUCUGAAUACUCGAACAAGGACCGUACAAACUCUGGCCGGCUUGAAAACCGUCAACCUCACGAUAGCAACGAAGUUUGGAGCAGAUUGGCCCUUCCAUAUAGGAGAGAAGGAACCGACAGACGCAGAAACGAUCAGCUUUACUCUAGGAGCAAAUCGCAUCAUGAAAACUCUCAGAAGGGAAGAAACUCAACUUACGAAUGGCGUCCAAGACGCCAUAAUGAGACACCAAGAAAUCGCGCCCCGACAACACGCGAACCUCAUUCCGGCCCCUAUGAUCGUGAGGAAAAGUCCAGAGCCACCUAUGACUCACAGAAAACUAUAUCGGACAACCGUGUAUCCCUGGAAUCAGGAGAGAUCGACACAAACCGAAGGCACGAAGCGGCAACGGCAACCACAGAAAGGGAAACAGAAGAGGAACGAACCCGUCGUCUUAAGGGGAAAGCCAUCGCAACUGGCUCUCCCUCCCCCCAAGAGAAAGCUGCGCAUCUUGCCUCACUAGCGGCACGGGGUACCAGUCUGAUGAUCAGGGAAGCUCCUGCUGCACCAACCCACCGAACCCCAUACACAAGCCCAAGGUAUGACAGUAAUCAAACAAAACAGGCGGACAAGCCCUUAGACAAUGAGUUUGGUCUUGAUCUGGAUUUAGAUAUGCCCAUGACUGAUCUUGAAUUAGCUGAGGUAGAUAACCUAGUCCUAGAAACUGAACGUUUAGAGAUGGACGAGAACAUGAUGGAUAAUGAUGAUCUUCUCGGAGAUAGUCCUGCUUAUGAUGCAGAGCAAAUCGAGGCUAUUUCUCAGCUUUCUCCAGCAAUUACUGGGUCACCAAGAGCUCCUCCAUCCGCCUCUCUUGCUCCACCAGCGGCCUCUGUCCCAAAGACAGCAGCAAGAGCUCAACCAAAUCCAUAUAUCCCAAAAGGCCUGCUCAAGAAGAAAGCUCCCCGUUCCCCAGACAUCAAAGGAGCAAAUGCAUCAAAAAAGCUGCUCUCACUUAAAAGCCGUGCUUCCCCAAAGAAAAAGGCAACAUCGGGUAAAUACCAAGCGGCUUCCUCAACUAUGGUCCCUCGCACUGAGGUGUUUCCUUCUGCACUAAGCAAAAAAUCUGUGUCUCUUUCAGGUUCGAUGGUGUCCCAGAAACCAUCCAGUAAGAAGAUAUGAGUGCAAUCGCCUGGAAUUGUCAGGGGGCGGGAGCGUACCUGACUAAGCAACACCUUCGAGAGUUGCACCGUUUUUUUACUCCUUCUUUUCUUUUCCUUUCAGAAACAAAAAACAAUUCUACUUUUCUGCAAGAUUUUCAGUUUGAAUUUGGUUAUAAUAAACUGUUCACCGUUGAUCCAGUGGGGAGAAGCGGUGGACUAGCUCUUUUUUAUUUAGAUUCUUAUGAAGUUACUAUUUUGUACUCCGACAAUCGUAUGAUUGACAUCGAGGCUGUCAUAGAUGGACACAAAGUUCAUAUCACUUUUGUCUAUGGCGAUCCGGUCAUUGAGUACCGAGAAUAUGUAUGGGAGAGGCUAACUCGCAUGAGUUUGAACAGAACAGGGGCCUGGCUCAUGCUAGGAGACUUCAACGAGAUUACAUGCCACUCAGAGAAAAAAGGAGGUAGAAAGCGAACUGAUUCCUCCUUCCUCCCCUUUAAGACUAUGCUUGCGAACUGUGGUAUGCUUGAGUUUCCUUUUAAAGGGAACUCUCUUUCUUGGGUUGGAAACCGAAGGUCCGGGAAAGUACAGUGCAGACUCGAUCGUGCAGUAGGCAACGAAGACUGGCACCAAGAAUUUUCCCACACAAAUGUGGAGUACCUUAAACUCUGGGGCUCAGACCACAGGCCCAUUUUCACUAGAUUCCUUUCAAAACGAGCACCAAAGAGGAAAGGAUUUCGCUUUGACAAGAGAUGGCUUGGAAAAGAUGGUCUUCGUGAAGCAAUCCUAGAUGGAUGGACGAACACAGAGGCCUGCACGCAAAAUGAUCUCCACGGAAGGAUCGAAAUGUGUAGGAAAUCCAUUGCUAGAUGGAAACGAGCAAACCCCUUAAACUCAAAGAAAAAGAUUGAAGAAAUAAAGGAACAGCUCGAAAAGGCGCAACUUGACGACUCCUUCACAAAUGAAGCGAUUCUAAACCUGAAGUGGAACCUCUGCCAAGCUUUUAGAGAUGAGGAACUAUACUGGAAACAGAAAAGCAGAGCCAACUGGUUGAGAGAAGGAGAUCGAAACACCAAGUUUUUCCAUGCGACUACAAAACAGAGAAGAGCGAGGAACCGGAUCACCAAACUCAAAAAAGAAAAUGGUAGCUGGGCUGAAAAAGAUGAAGAAGUUGAAGAAGUAGCUUCACACUACUUUCAGAACCUUUUUACGUCAUCCAACCCAGGAGAUUUUGAGGACUCGCUCCGCUUUAUCACCGCAAAGGUCACGCCUACGAUGAACGACUCACUCACAAAAAUUCCCUCGGAUGAGGAGAUCAAGAAAGCCGCUUUUGACAUUCACCCGGAGAAGGCACCAGGACCAGACGGCAUGACGGGACUCUUCUUUCAGAAGUUCUAAGGAGA